AUGUGGUCACGCGAUGGCGCUCUAGAUUCAACACCUGGAAGGUGGUACCAUCCGAACCAUUUCAAUCUCAUUUUCAGAGUGCCUCAUGCAACAGAUCAAGAAUCCCUAGCACUUGUCAAGGUGUGACUGGAAGCAAACCUUCCCUGUAAAGAAAAGGCGUGCCAAGGGGAUCAUUACCAGUUUUUUCAAGGGUUGAGGGACUGCCCCAAAAAUCAAUCAAAAGACCAAACGAUGAGAUGAAACCAGGGAGCUAUGUAGAAGCCGGCUUGAAAGGUGUCAGUGCGAAAAAGAUGGAUGCCAAUCAGGGUAACUUUGAAGCUGCAGUGAAGCCUGGCUCUGCUAAGAUAACAUCAAGAAAACUCACCUGUUCUACAGUGGAAAGGUGGAAAACCCAAGACCUGGCACGGUACGAAGCGGGAUCCUGGCUUACCUAUGAUAGCGAGAAAACUAAGAGGGAACAUUAUUGUAUUGCACUGAAAUGCAAAGUAUGUAGUCAGUUUGAAUCCGUGAUUAAAAACAACUCAAGUUCUCAAGAGCCUCUGUCGAUGGCUCAACCAACCAACUUUAGACUUACAAACUUGGUAGACCGUGCCAAAUCUGAUUUUCACAAAAUAGCCCUUUCUCUCUGCAAUAAGCAGCAAGGUCAACCUCCAUCUGCUGCAAGCAACGGUAAUCAGCAAAAUCAACCGAAGUUGGAGUUUAAUCUUAAUCCCCAUCAGAUGGAAGAUCUAAAAAUAGUUUGA